AUACAUUCAUUCAAAGGAAAAGCCGUUUAAAUGCACAGAAUGCGGGAAAGGCUUCUGUCAAUCCAGGACGUUGGCGGUUCACAAGAUAUUGCAUAUGGAGGAAUCUCCUCAUAAAUGUCCAGUGUGCAGCCGCAGCUUUAAUCAGCGUUCGAAUCUCAAGACUCAUCUUCUUACACAUACCGAUCACAAACCUUACGAAUGCAAUUCAUGCGGAAAGGUAUUUAGAAGAAAUUGUGAUUUACGACGGCAUGCUUUAACUCACGCUGUUGGUGACAUUCCUCCAGGAGACGUACUUGACGUCGGUGAAGAAGAUGUUGGCCGACCUGGUUCACCAAUUGAACCUGGCUUCGACGACGAUGAGCCUGAUUUGUCAUCUCCAGAACAUUCCCCAGUGCGUCGUGCGAGAUCUUCUUCAGUCGAAAGUAUUAUUAGGGAACAGAGUGAAGAACGCCCGCGGCGGUUGUCUCCACCACCACAUAGUGUGGAAAGAACCCAUUGUCACCACAAUGAACAGACUAAUAGAGCGAGUCCCUACACUAUGAGACCUCAGCAUCAAGACAAACAUCGAAUGUCAUCAAUGGAUGGUUAUGAGAAUCGAAAAUAUUCCUCCGAGGAAAUAAUAGAAAAAGAAAUGCGCUAUCCUGAUAUACCAGAACCCCCAGUCAGACACCCUCAGCUACAGAUUCGAAGAGACUUGCAUCAAGUGCAACCUCCUGACCCAUCUAAAAUUGGUCAAAUGGCUAGCCCGUCUAUUGACCCAGGACCUUCUAGUAUGUUUUUAAGCCCAUUUAGAAAGAGAAGUCAUCCACCUGACAUAGGGGAUAACAUUAGAACGUGCGCUCCUAUAUACAGGACCCGAUCGCCUGAACCAACAAAUUUGUCAAUGCCUCGUCAAACAAUAAGUAAUAAUGAUAUGGUGGUCAGCAUGGCGCCAAUGAUGGGUAUGCCUUAUCAUAAGUAUGGCAUACCUUUGCCCCCGCCACACCCGCAAGUUGCUUACGGUUCAAUGACACAUACAAUUUUAGGUCCACAGCAAACAGUGGCUCAGGACUUAAUAGUAAAACCAACGCCUCCGAAAGAUACUGCGCCAAGUACAUCUACAAACGUUUCAAGCUCCAUAGACGGUGGCCACAGCAACGGAAACGGAACUGACAACUUGAGUACAAGCUCUAUUGCUAAUGGAAUAAAGAACAUUGUGGGCAUACAGCCUAAUACAAAUGCUACCGCAGGCACAAGUCAAGCAAGUAGACCCAAGAAAGGUUUCAGCAUAGAAGAUAUAAUGAGACGCUGA